UCCACAAAGAAUUUACUCCGAUAGCCCCAUUCGUUACAAAUUAUUUUGGAACAAAAAAUCAUUGGAACAAAUGUUUUGUGGAACAACAGAUAUUAUUCCAUCUUGAAUCAUGCUUUUGACAGACAACAGCAACAAGCAGUGAUAACACUGAUAAAGUGAUAAGUAAAUUGAAUAGUAAAUUAGUGAAUACUUGGUGAAUGAAUGAGUAACGACGAUAUUGUAGUCAAAAUUUGACAACAGUUACAUAAAUAUUAGUAUAGUAAAAAUUUAUUUUAUAUUAAACAAGCUUAUAUCUACUUACAUAUACUUUGAUUGUCACGAACAUGUCCCAACUGGACGCGAACAAAAACAGACAGAAAAUAUUGGACACAUGGAAAGAUGUGGUAGAUGACAAGACACCGACUAACUGGGCCUUGUACGGCUAUGAGGGUCCAACAAACGUACUUAAGUUUAUCAGUCAAGGAGAAGGGGGAAUUGAAGAAAUGAAAGAAGACUUAAAUAGCUCUAAAAUAAUGUAUGCAUUCUGUCGAGUUUUAGACCCAAAGACUAGCCUUUAUAAAUGUGUUUUAAUAAAUUGGCAAGGAGAAGGAGCGCCCAUUGUUAGAAAGGGAACUUGUGCUAAUCACAUUCGAGAUGUAUCUAACAUUUUAAAAGGGGCGCAUGUAACUAUAAAUGCACGUAAUGAUGAUGAGGUAGAUACAGAUAUAAUACUAUCCAAAGUUUCCAAGUCAUCAGGGUCAGUAUACUCAUUUAAAGAAAGACUUGAUCAAUCACAGCCACAAGAGAAAAUUGGUACUACUUAUAAAAGAAUUCAACCUAAUUUAGAGAUAAAUUCUUCAGAAAGGGAUAAGUUUUGGGCAGCUGAAGAAGAAAAAGAGAAAUUAAGACAAGAAGAAGAACGAAAGAAAAAAGAACAAGAGCAGAAAAAAAUAGAGGAUGAAAGGCUGUUGCGAGAAGACGCUGAUAGACUAAGAAGAGAUUCAAUAACAGUUGAAGAAAUUCAAAAAACCGAAUCAAAACCUUUUGUUGCUACAACAGAACCAGAAAUACCAAAAGAUGUUAAAAUUGAAUUAGCAAAACCUGGAUUAGUCACUGAAGAAAUUGAAAAUCAAAAUAAACAAAUUAAUGUUGAAGAUGAUUUAGGAAUUAAAGCUGAAGCCUUAUACGAUUACCAAGCAGCUGAUGAUACAGAAAUUUCAUUUGAUCCUGGUGAUAUAAUUUGUCAUAUUGAUAAAAUCGAUCAAGGUUGGUGGCAAGGAUUGAGCCCUGAUGGUACAUUUGGUCUAUUUCCAGCCAAUUAUGUUCAACUUCUUCCUUAAGAUUGAAUUCUCUCAUUUAUACCAUAAUAAUUACUAAUUAGUAUUUAUAUCUACAAUUUUAUUAUUAAUUUAUCUCAAUAGGUAAUCGGUUGUGAAAACAUGUUUAAGUCAUGUUUAAGUUUAAAAUAUUUAAAACCAAUGUUUUGGUAAUAAUUAAAAUUAUUGUUAAUCUAGUAAAAUAUUUAUUUAUUUAAUGUUUCUAUUAAAUUUUAAUAACUAUUUUUAUU